AUGCGCUGUCGUCGCAAUGCCGAAAUCCAAAUCGUGAUUAGAGAGCCUGGGAUGGUAGAUCAUGGUCCUACAUCUCCCUCUCGACAGGGAUUCAACCGCAGUUCGUUUGAAAGUCCAGUCGCAACCCAACAAACAUCACGCAGGAGGCCACAGAACGCAGACACCCGCCAACAAUCAAAUCGGUCUCAAGCCAGUCAGGGCAAUGGCGAAAAAUCCAUCUCAUACACUCCGUUACGGUCGCGCUCUGGUCGCCCUCGAAAACCGAACACGCCGCUGCUGUCCAAGACGAAAGUGAGGAAAAUCAUCCUAUCUCAAGGUCUUGCGCCCAAUCUUGCCCACUACGCGAGCCGUCGGAUCAACGGGGAGAUUCGAUCUCAAAACCGGUAUUUCAACCGCAGAUCGGUAUACUUGGCGACCGUGAUUCGGUUGAAUUCAAUAUACUCGCGUGAACUGGGACUCCGCCAAUGGAAAGCCGCCUACGCGUCGAUUUACAAGGCAAAAGCGUAUCAACGCGAAGUGCAGAAUAAGGCAGCGCUGCCGGCAUUGAAGGAUAAAGGGCUUGCUUUGCUGGAAGAAAUACGUGCCGACUGUCAAGGGAGAUUUCGAGAAUCAUGGGAGAAGAUGGCCCGGCCCAUGAGAGCAUCGAUCUGGCAGCGUCUGGCUAUUUGGCUAUUGCAAAACGAACCGGAGCUGACCCUCGAGUUUUUACUUGUGACAACUUCUGGCCAAGAAAAGCCGGACUUCUCCAUGGUUGCGGAAUGUCUUCUCUACCUGGAUAGGUUCCACUACGAAGACCGGCUUCAGAAUUGGCAGAGUGGCACCCACACCUAUCAAUCGGCCAUUGAAUCCUGCUUGCAUCCGAAAGACUGGCCCAUAUUGUCCCUUCCCCAAAAGGGUGUGCGACUCUAUAUUCGCAGGUCAAGCCAUGAAGGCAUCUCCCUGGCCCUCCGAAUAGCGAUGGAAAGGUCUACGGAAUUGUCAGCAGAAACGGCACUCUGUUUCAUGUACCGGUUUACGGAACUUCGAGAUGUGGAACGAGCAUUGAAGGCCCUCGAGUAUAUUCCCAGGCUCAAGGAACCCGGGUUCACUAUGCAGUCCGAAGGAGUGCUGCGACAUUGUUGCAAGCUCUUGACCCUGGAUACCGUACAGGAUACUGCCGGUGGACGCAAUUUUCGGAUCUUGCCUCGACUGCUCACGAUGGGUGUUCGGCCGGAUAGGGACAUGAUGAACGUCGUGCUCUCCAACUCUUUCAAAACCGGGGACCCCCAACUGGGGGCGGAUAUGCUUCAGUUUAUGAAACGCCAUGGCCACGUCCUUGACUCCUACACCUACCUGACCCUUCUCACCGAUGCAGUGUCGCGCGGAGACCGGGGGCGAGUCGACUCUUUGGUCCAAGAGGUUGACUCACAGGCGGAGCUACGAGAAAACCCAUACAUCGCCAGCAAGAUCUUCCACGCCCAUUACGUUUUCACUGCCAAGCACAUGGAUACCGAUGCCGAUGCUCGAGGCGUUUUCUACUCGAUGCUCGACAUGUACAACCGAUUCCACGACCUCACCCCCCUCAAAGAGCUUCUCAUUGUCCCCUCCAACUAUACCCCUCCUGUGAGCAAAAACAACACGCCUCCAUCACCUGUUGCAUUGUAUAUUAUGAUCGCGACCUACUUCCGCUGCCAGAAAAACUUCUCGAACGUGCAGCGCAUCUACAUCAAAUUUCGUGAGCUCGUGUUGCAAGGACACCCGUCCAUAGCCCCUCUCGCCGAAACCGACCAUACCUAUAAUGAAUUUCUCAUCGCCUUCCGCAGCAAUCCUCGUGGGAUGCGGUCUAGCGUGCGCUUGGUCGAAGACAUGUUGUCCAGCUCAGCAAAUAUCCCGUCUGGGUCGUCUGUGGUGCAUGCUAAGCCCACCGUCCGCACUUGGACCAUCCUUCUAAGUGCGUUUACUUUCCACAAGCAUCCUCUUGCUGCCGAGAAAAUCAAGCAGAUGAUGGCCAAGUACAACAUGGAGUACAACGACGUGACUUGGAACAUCAUCGUCAACGGGUACGCCAACGCGCAGAACAUCCCCGAGACCGCCUCCGCAAUCAAGGCCAUGGAACAGCACGGCUUCGCCAUCGACCCGUACACAAUGAAGAGCCUGCGCUACCUCCGCGAUCCGGAGCGUCUCUGGGUGGCCAUUGAUGAGAUGGACCAGAAACACCCCGAGACCGCGCGGCAGCAAGCUACUUCUCUACCACAGUCUGCACCCGAGUCCGUUGUCCGCAACGAUCAAAAGAACCGUGAUCAGCUGGUGGACCUUGGUUUGCAACGAAUGGAGAAGAACAUCAAACCCAAGCUGUGA